AUGGUGCUCACCAUGCUGGGAGCACUGUACCCCAGGGCUGGCUUUAGCCUCUUCCUCUUCUACCUCAUCCUGGCAGCUGCGCUGCUGCGCCCCCAGCCUCUGCGGUCUCCGCGAUCUGUCCCCGAGGACUUCUCUGCGCCCCUGGAGCUCCCUCAGCCACUCUCGGGCCUGGUGGACGACUAUGGGGUCCGACCCAAGCACCCCUGGCCUGGGGGGCCUCGGCCCCUGCUCUCCCAGGCCCAGCAGCGCAAGCGCGAUGGGCCCGACAUGGCCGAAUACUACGAUGCAGCCCUGUGA